CACAAAGCCCAUAUAAAAGAUUUGAGGCCUAAAGAUAGAGCCAACGGCCCAUCUAACCAGGUAGUGAUUAUACAUUCUCUUUCUCUUCCCUCUAAAAACAUUUUGAUAUUCUCGACAAGAUCGUAUUGUUCGGUUAGGGUUCCUCGCCGAACCAACCAUCCAUCAUCUUCCACUAGUUUCUGUAAGUGUUUCCAAAGAGCCAUGGAAAGUGGGAAACUAAACAGAGAAGACAUGGAAGUGCAAACCACUCACAGGAAGCCACGUGUACUACUCGCUGCAAGCGGAAGCGUCGCGACUAUCAAAUUCGGCAACCUCUGCCAUUGCUUCACAGAGUGGGCUGAAGUGAGAGCCGUCGUAUCGAAAUCGUCUCUGCCUUUCCUCGACAGACUCUCUCUCCCACGGGAGGUGACUCUGUACACUGAUGAAGACGAGUGGUCAAGCUGGAACAAGAUCGGUGAUCCCGUGCUUCACAUUGAGCUCAGACGCUGGGCUGAUGUCUUGGUCAUUGCUCCUUUGUCUGCUAACACGUUAGGCAAGAUUGCUGGUGGGCUGUGUGAUAAUCUUCUGACUUGUAUCAUACGAGCUUGGGAUUAUAGCAAACCUCUUUUCGUUGCACCGGCGAUGAAUACUUUAAUGUGGAACAAUCCUUUUACAGAAAGGCAUCUGUUGACGCUUGAUGAACUUGGAGUCACACUCAUUCCUCCCAUCAAGAAGAGAUUGGCGUGUGGGGACUAUGGUAACGGCGCAAUGGCUGAGCCUUCUCUUAUCUAUUCCACUGUCAGACUCUUCUGGGAGUCCCAGGCUCAUCAGCAAAGUGGUGGAACAAGUUAAGGUUUCCACUUUGUAGUUGCAUUGGUUGGUGGUUCUGUUUUCACUAUCAUAGAUAUUCAGUAUGUAAUGCUUGUCUUGUACAUGUUAAAAUAGCUGUCUAGACUGAUGUCUCUGAAGGAACAUUUAACUAUCUGAGCUCUCUGAACUUUUGAAUUUGCCGGCAAGGAACUCACAAACUAGGCCACUUUUUUUAUACUUUCUAAUUUCACAUACAGAGCUUUACUUUCUACCAGUGAUCAUACAAUAAAAUAAAAAGCAUGAUGCCAAAAACAUGUAGUUUUGCUGAGUGUGAAGAUUACUCUCCUUCCACUGCUAAAGCUCUGGAAUCAUGUAGUUUAUCUAGUAUCCGCCAUGUGACAGCAUCAGGAGCCUGACCGUUCUUCCUCAUCUCCUCUAUAAUCUGGUACGCCUCUCUCCUCAACCCACUUCUGCUACAUUCAUCGAUCACAAUGUUAUAGCACACGACAUUAGGAACCGCUCCAGAAUCCGCCAGUUCGUAUAGGAAAUGGCAAGCAUCACUUAGACUACCAAACCGACAAAGACCUUUCAGAAAUGCUGAAUACACAUACGCAUCAUGUCUGCCUGAUGGCCAUAUCACAUCGUCCCAGAACCUCUUCGCCGUAUCCACCUGACCAGUCAAACACAAGUACCCGUCGAUGAUAAUAGCAUAUGUAGUAUUAUCUGCGCUCACACCUGCCUUUGCCAUCUGAUCAAACACGCACAUAGCGUCAACUCCCUUACGGAGCUUGAACAAUCCACGCAUAACAGCGUUGUAUGUAACAACAAUUGGCUUCAACCCGUUCUCAGGCAUAACCCUAUCCAACACAUCAAGAGCUUCUUCUGCUCUUCCUUGAGUAAGCAAGCCACACAUAACAGUACUUGAGUCACAGCAUCAGGCGCGCAGAACUUCCCUGUCAUCAUAUCGCCAAGAACUUUCAUGGCGUCAUCCACUCUACCCAUCUUGCAAAAUCCAUCAAUGACUGUUAAGUGUAUACUCAUCGGGCCUACAGUCUCCCUGAAGCAUACUGACCAGAACAUUCAAGAUCUCUAUCGGGUUAUCCACUACGCAGAGAGCUCGUAGGUAGAUAUUAUAGGUUCUAGUUCUAUCUGUUCCUUCUUUUCUCAACAUCAGCUCUAGAACAUUCCUCGCCUUACCAGUGCCAUGCUCAUUACAAGUGAAUUAUAUUCGGUAGAAUCUUGAAAAAAUAUAACCUCUCCAAUAUAGACCAUGUAAAAUCGGCUGACGUACACAACUCAAACUUCUUUAACACAUGAUCUCCAACAUUUUAAGAAUGAUCAGAUUCAUCAUCGCCUUUAAGCUUUCUAUUUCACCAACCGCUCCAUGUAUACGUCCUCAUCUUCAUCAUUCCUGAUUGCUGACGCAUAAGGUGACAAAGACUCUUCUAAUACAUCUUUUAAAUCAAGGACAGACAGAUGUGGUAGCAUCCUCUUUUUCCACAAUGAGAAGUCUUUCUUCCCACCAAACCGCCACACCUCAAUUCUUGCAUUCACCAUUGACAACGACACCAACUAAGGCUCUGAUACAACUUUGUUGAAAAACGAUGGAAAAACUGUUUGAUCUAAAAUCAGAAUCAAA